AACUGCAUGCGAUGAGCCUAUAUUUGACUUCAGGUUAGAAAUGAACUGAUGGCUAGGACAUAUAGCCGACCGUACAAUGUCAAAAGACUGACAUUCCACAAGUAUGGUUAACGGUACAGAAGAAGAACGAUUCUUGUCCUCGCCCGCGAUCAUAACCUUAUCUGCAGUUACAGCUCUUAUAUUGCUGCUUGACUUAGUAGGUAACACUUUAGUGUUGUGUGUGGUUUAUCGUCAGAGAAUGAAGCCGAAUUUACGCGUUGGAAACAUGUUCAUUGCUAAUUUAUCCGUGAUCGAUUUGUUGAUGGGUAUCUUCCUAAUUCCGAUGUCAAUGGCUGUUACUUUACUGGGAAGAAAAGUUUUAACCGACGAAAGAUGCAAAUUUAACGGUUUUUUCAAUGUAUUCGUCGGUUCAGCUUCGAUAUGGACGUUGGCAGUUAUCAGUAUUGACAGGUAUCGUGCUAUUGUUUCUCCUCCUGGCAAACGUCUACAAAUGCAUCAUGCGCGAUGGCUGCUCAUAGCUGUUUGGAUUGCAUCAUUAAUGAUGGCUUUUGCUCCAAUGGGUAUCUUGGGAGAAUACAAACUGAAUACGAAAAGCACCAAUUGUCGUCCUAUAGGGCAGAGUUAUGUCCUAUUGCUGUCUGUGGCAAGCUUUCUUCUUCCUUUCGUUACUAUGACAUAUUGUUACAUGAAAAUUUAUCUUAAAGUCAGAAAACAACGAAUACAACUUCAAUCCUGGAAAUCAAACAACAGCCAUAUGAGAACAGAACUAAAGACUGCGAAAAUAGUCUUUACAGUUUUAGCAGUAUUCCUGGUCUGUUGGUUGCCAUUCGUGACAGUUUACAUCUUGUUGAGCAUUGGUAAAGCCCAGAAUAUUUCUCCUGCGGUAUUUCUGUUAAGUGGUUGUUUGACAGCUGCCCACUCUAUAUGUAAUCCAGUUAUCUAUUUUACCAUGAACAAAGUAUUUAGAAAUGAUUUGUUCUCUAUGUUUCCUGGUUUACGAAAACUCUGCAAUAUACGGGAUAUGAUUACAAAUGCAAAUCACAGCAACAACGUUGUGGUGGAGUUAAACGCGAAAGACGACAGUAGGCCAUGCACAGUAAACUCUUGAAUCGGUUUUGAAGGUGCAUAAGGGUCAGAUCAUGUAUGGUUAUAUAGGUAUAUUGCUUAGUAUUGUAGACAUGUAGUACUAUAUUGCAAUUACUGAUUAUUCCAUGUAA